CUUUCUUUUUAAGUUUUUACAAUGGAGAGAGAAGGUCUUUUUUAUAAAGGUGUUCUAUUCAUUUUGAAAUCUAAUGAGAUAAAAUUUAAUAUACGUAUGAAAGGCUUUAAUCCAUUAAUGAUAUAAUAUUGUUUGUUUGCAGUACAUUUAGAUUCGUUAAGAUCAUCAGAAUUCUACAAUUGGACAUUAACGCUAAUAAUUAUGUUUGGACUAUCCGCAAGCUUGUUUAGUAUAACUAUGGCUGUACUGUUUUUAAAAGAAAGAGAGAGGAAAUAUACGAGAAAAUUGUCAACUUUGCCUGUUUACAAUUUUUUUCGACCGUCUAUUUCAACGAGAGGUUCUACGGACAGCUCAGUGUUCUCUUCAUUUCCCGGUUCAACGUUUAGAUCCGUUAGACAGUCUUCGAUUAGAUACCCAUCGUUUUCUGGCUUUCCUUAUACUGAAUAAACUUUUGUGGAUAUUAUUGAAAUAUGUCUAAAAAAACGUCUUGUUUUAUAUUUAGCCACCAUUUAUUGAAGCCGUUUAACAAAAUAAUGAGUAGUGUGUUAGGAAUAAUUGGAAAGAAUUUAAAAACAACUGGUUUAUCACUUUUUUCUUGUUUUAUUAACAAACAGAAGGUCUGUGAAGUUUCUGGUAAAAGGUUUCUUUAAAAACACUACUGUAUUAUUAAGUUUUCAUGUAAACUAGAAAAAUGUAUCGCACACCAACAUUAGUAUUCAAAAUUUCGCACUAAUGUUAAUUCUAAUAUACGUCAUAGUUAUCUAUUUAUGAGUCGUGAUGCUUCUAGAAAAACGGAAGACUAGCCAGUCUAACCAUACUAUUUUACGAAAGAACAUCGAAAAAAUGGCAGCGAAAUAUUUUAGCGCAGCUGAUAUUGAAGAAUUUCGUGACUGCUUUUAUUUCUAUGCAAAAGAGAAAGUUAUUUCCGAUACGAAACUUUUAUCAACUGUGAUGCGAUCCCUUGGUUUCAGUCCAACGAUUACCGAAAUAGAUCAAUAUUUUAAGAAAAACGAAAAAGAUAAUCGAAUCGAUUUUGCAACAUUCCUUGAGGUUUUACAUCAACAUAUGGAAAAGGAAAAAUGCCAGCAGGAUUUACUAAAUGCCUUCAAAGCUUUUGAUAAAAAUCAAACAGGAACUAUCAGUUACAAUGACUUUUAUCAUUUAUUAACGGCAACUGGAGAAAGACUGAGCGGCUCUGAUGUUGACAAGAUUUUCAAAGAAGCAGGUGUAUCUAAGGGUCAACCUAUUAAAUAUAAGGAAUUUAUGAAAGUAGUAUUGACCCCUCUUCCAGAUUAUUGA